UCUGAAAAUCAAUUAAGUUAUGAAAAAUACCAUUAAUUGCCUUUCUUUGUCGCCGCUGCUCAUGAAGAAAUGGCGGAUCUCCAGACGUCGGACGUUUGAGGGGAGACGCUUCGCACCGGAUGGCGUUCGCACCGACGGCAGAGGCCAUAAAAGACGGCAGGAAUAUUUCCGUUUUGUAGAUGAGAAUGAGCUGAUGGUCGUCUGCGAGAAGACAUUUCAGAAGAGAGAGCGGCGGACUGGAAGAUGCCAAGGAAAAAACAGCAGAAUCCACAGCCAGUAAAGUUGGAUUCUGAAGAUGGUAUAACCAGUGACACUCCAGGAAACCUUCCCUUAGACACAGACUUCCUGCUAGGACACGACCUUGAGUUUGGUGAUUCUGAUCAUGACCACAAGAUUCUAGGACUGGAAAAGUUCUCAGAAGUAGCUGCUGAGAUCGGUUUCUCUGUGUAUCCUCUGGGUGAUGAGGACAGUUCUGCCUACAGCCAGCUCAGCAUGGAAAGUGAAACAGACAACUCGCGCGGCGCCACGGACAACGGGAGGGACGACGAGGCGCGGUCGGCCCAGUCCGAGCCCACGUUCCCCCCCUACCUGUCCUGCAGGGGCUGCGGGCAGCUGAGAGACGAGCCGCUGGGCCCCGGCGUCGACCUGGUGGGCCCGUACUGCCUGAGGUGCUGCAAGGCCUCCCGGGAGGCCAAGAGCGCGGACUUCUGCCCGCCGUUCGGGAGCAUCGGCGGGAUUCGCCCCGGCCCGCAGCUGGAGUGCGACGGGGCGGGGGGCGCCAUGAGCGACAAGGCCCGGGCCCUCGACGACAAGCUGGCCAAACUGCACUCCUGCCACCUGUGCGGCUUCUCGUCCCGCUACGCCAACCACGUCAAGCGCCACAUGAAGACGCACAACGGCGAGAAGCCCUUCAACUGCCCGCUGUGCACGUACGCCUCGGCCCAGCUGGUCAACCUGCAGAGACACUUGCGCAUCCACACGGGGGAGAAGCCCUACAAGUGCGACAGCUGCACGUUUGCCUGCAGUUCUCUGGGCAACCUCAAGAGGCACCAGCGCAUGCACGUCCCGGGGCCCGUGCACGACCCGAUGCCGCGGCCCGCCGGUGGCCAGACCGGCGUGAAGAGGCACGCGAGACCGCACGAGGAAGGGUCCGGAGCGCCAGCCAAAGAGGUCGCGAGGGCGACGUCCAACCUCAGCCUGGGAGCCCAGAACAGCGACUACCUUUCAGCUUUUGACGGCAUAAAGGGGGCGUCGCCGCCCCCCAUCCCCGCCUCCAAUCCAGCCCCCGGUCACCACCCUCCACCGCCGCCUCCGCCGCCGCCGCCCAUAUUAGAGACUGCGGGUGGCGGCGGCAGCAGAGCGCCCAGAGGGGGCGGAGCAGAUGGCGGCGGCGCUGCCGCCGCUGCUCUCCCGCCUUCGCUCUUUCCGUUCACCUGCCGGCUCUGCGGCGUCGUCCUGGAGGACGAGGACGGCUCCUCGGCCCAGAUCUGUGCCAAGUGUACCCUGGAGAUGCUGACGAAGGACUCGUCGUCGUCUCCCAACAGCCCCGGCGAGCGCAGCGACAAGGUGUACACCUGCGCCGCCUGCCCCUUCCUCACGCACUACCCCAACCACCUGGCGCGGCACAUGAAGACUCACAGCGGCGAGAAGCCGUACAAGUGCCCGCAGUGCGACUACGCCUCGGCGCACUUCGACAACCUCAAGCGCCACCACCGGGUGCACACGGGCGAGAAGCCCUACAAGUGCCACCUGUGCGACUACGCCUGCGGCAACCUGGCCAACCUCAAGCGGCACCAGCGCGUGCACUCGGGCGCCAAGCCCUUCCAGUGCGCCGUGUGCAGCUACAGCUGCAACCAGAGCAUGAACCUGAAGCGGCACAUGCUGCGGCACACCGGCGAGAAGCCCUACAAGUGCCAGGAGUGCGGCUACACCACCGGCCACUGGGACAACUACAAGAGGCACCAGAAGAAGCACGGCCUGGCCACCGACGGCUGGGUCAAGGUCCCCAUGACCGGGCACGGCGAGGCCGAGGCGCCCAGGAAGCGCAUGGAGGCCGGCGCUCAGACGAACAGGAAGGAGGCGGGCGUCGAUAUGCAGUACAUGCCCCGCGAGGGAGGCCAGACGAUACACUCCUGCUACAAACUUGAGAUCGCAUAAAUUAUAACUCAGCAAACCUAAGCUACCAGCAAGUUGUCGUUCGAUUUCUACAGAGCCUUUAUAUCUCUCUGUAUGUGUCAGUCGGUCAGUGUCUUGUCAAACGUCCUCCGAGGCUGCUAUUCGUUCCGUUUCUUUGUAGAAUAUCGCACAAUAGAU